UUGCUCCUCCUCUGCCUGCCCCUCCGCCGUGCCUCCUCCGCUCCUCCGCUCCCCCCUCCCCCCUUUCUCCUCCUCCUGGCUGGCGCCGCGGCAUGAAGUGGCCGCUGUGGUCCGCCGUGGCUGCCGCCCUGGGCGUGGUCCAGCCGGCCAAAAACGCCACCCCUCUGGGAGCCGACGCCGGCCGAGUUCUUCGGCCUCGCUGGCGCCGCGCAGCAGAUCGAGCGGGUGACCGACAUCGGCGGCGACGAGUUCGACGAGCGCGUGCGCAGCGGACGCCCGUUCAUCGUCCAGGACGCGGGCCGAGGCAACGACCUGCUCGGGCGCGAGUGCGGGUGGUAUCGCGAGCAGUUCCCAGAGGCGCGGAUGAGGGCGGAGUACACCGGCGCGGCGAGCGACGAGCAGUUCAUCUCGGUGGGCGGCGCGCGGUGGGACAAACCGGGAGGCCCACCGCCGCGCCGCCGGGCCACGCGGGCGCGGGGGGCGCCUUCCACGCGCCGUACGUGUGGCACGUCAAGGACGGCGGGCUCGAGGCCCCGGCCGCCGUGCGGGCGAAGGUGCAGGGCUCGUGGAGCCCCGCGUACUUCCUGCGCGGGGCCGCGAACCUCCGCGAGGCGAACGAGUCGCAGGAGUUCUGGUUCUCGCUGCAGAACGGCUCGGUGAUGGUGCACGCGGACACCUACUGCAUCCCCGCAGUGUCGCUGCAGCUCCGCGGCAGGAAGCAGUGGCGCCUGAUGCCCGCGCCGCCGCGGAUCCCCAGCGUCUUGGACCGUUACGACUCACACGACGGAGGCCUGUACAGGACGGCCUUGUGGCGGCCUGCCUACGAGGCCGAGGUCCAGGAGGGCGAGGCGAUCGUGUUCUUCCCCUCCCAGUUCCAUGAGACCUUCGUCCCCGAAGAGGGCAACCCCAGGUGCACCGUGGCCACCACCUUCCAGUUUCAGCACCCCCUGCCAGUGCGGUACUUCCGAGCUUUCCUGCCGACCCUGGCGAACUCGCACCUCUACUACGAGGGGCACUGCAAGGACCUCUGGCACUCCUGGACCACGCUGGAGCGGCCCGGCAGCGCCCAAGCGGAGAGCCUGGCCAAGUCGCUGGCCCGCUGGAAGACCACCCCAGACGCCGCGCGGGCGCGCGCCAGCGCCGAGAGGCGGUUCGCGGAGGUGGACGCGGACGGCGACGGAGCCUUGUCGUUGCAGGAGGUCCAGGCGUACCUGGGCUCGCCGUCGCGCCGGUGGGCGAGGUGGUUCCUGACGGAGGACUACUUCUACGACUGGCGGCCGGAGGCGCCCGAGCGCGAGGCGAUGGAGCGGGAGGUGCUGGAGAGCCGCGCGGGGGACACGCUCCACUACCACGACGCCGACGCGGACGGCAAGGUGAGCCGGGCGGAGUUCGUCGCCUCCUCCAGGUGGCACGUCGUCCACCACAAGCUGAAGGAGACGCACGGGCAGCCGCGGGCGAGGGUGCGGGAGGUCGAGGAGCGGUACGGCCGCUUCCGGGGGGCCGCCGCGCCGGGGGCGCGCGGUCGCGACGGAGCCGACCUCUGAGAGCGACGGCAGGAAAGAGCGUACCGUCCCAGGGUCGGGGGCGGCAAAAUGCGCCCCCAAGAGACGACAACGCGUUUGGGUUCCGCGUUUCAGGAGUCCGCCAUGUGAUCUGUUGCCCGCGAUGGGGUGAGGCUGGUAUGCAGCUUACAUGGCUGCCUGCGGCUAACCCCGCCGCCGUACUAGCGCUGCAUCGCCAUGUAUAUAGGAUGGAUGGUUCGACCUCUCGG